AUGUUUAUUACAUUUAAUACUUUAUUAAAAUCUAAAAUUUAUAUUGAUAAUAAUUUUAAAAAUAUUCAUUUUAAUAAUUAUAAAUUUAUAUAUAAAAUAGAAUAUAAUUAUUGUAUUUUAAAUUUUAUUUUAAUAAUUUUAUAUUUAUAUAAAUUAUAUAUAUAUAUUUAUAAUAUAUCUUUAAAAAAUAAUAAAAUUUUAUUUAUUCAUAAUAAUAAUUUAUUUAUUAAUUUUAUUAUUAAAAUAUGUAUUUUAACUAAUAAUUUUUAUAUAAUUAAAUGGAUUCCUGGUUUGUUAACAAAUUGGAGAUUAUUUAAAAAAAGAAUUAUUAUUUAUAUAUGGUUAGAAAAAAUAUUUAAAAAUAAAUAUUAUAUAAAAAUAUUAUCAAAAAAAUGUUUAUAUAAAUUUAAAUAUAUUUAUAAUAAAUUAUGUAUAAAUUUAUAUGGAAUAAGAAAUAUGUUAAUAUUACCAAAAUGUAUUUUUUUAAUAAAAUAUAAUAAUUUAAUUUUAAAAGAAAUUUUAAAAUUAAAAUUAAUUUUAAUAAGUUUUAUAAAUUUAAGUUUAGAUUCAAGUUAUAUAAAUAUAAAAGUUUUAGGUAAUUAUAAUAAUUAUAAAUCUAUAAAAUUAAUAUAUAAAAUAGUUUAUACAUCAAUAAUUCAUAGUAAAAUUAAAAAUAUGUAA